GCGGGGCUUAGCUUGCAUAGCACAUGGACGCAGCAUAACUUUCUGUCAGGCGGUUUGACAGAGAGACACCUAGCUCAGAGAAUGGAGAAACAAGAAACUUGUACUCAUUAUGGACCUGCUACUCACAAUGAACCUAACAACAAUGUGGCUUUCCAUGGUAACAUGCAGUCUUUUGGAGCUAUGAGGACAGAGAUUGGAAUGCUCUCUUACAGAAGUGCUAUUGCAGACCUGGAAGCUAGUGUAGGCCAACUCAAAUUAACAAGUGACUGCCAAGUUGUUGAAAGGAUCUGUCGGCUUCUCUCUCAUCAUGGCCACGACUUGGAAACACAAAAUAAAAAUAAGUUGGAUGAAUUGUUCAAAACAUUGAAGAGUGUAGCAGGAAGUACACGUGUAGACGUGCAAUCAAGAUUGCGUCUACUUCAGUUGUUCAAACUACGAACUAGUGGAUGGGGUCGUGCUGCAACUCCAGAUAAUGCUAAGAUUCAUGAGCAGAGAGGGCAGAGUACCGUACAUAAUGUGACUGGUGUGAGCUGUGCCACCACCACCAUACCACCAAGUAAUAUACCGCAAAGUACAACCAAUAUGUGUAGUACUGGUAGAACAAUAGUAUCAAGAUAUAUGCCAACAACCAGUGUUUGUAGUACCACGACCACCACUGUACCAAGAUACGGGUUUCAAAAUACAUAUUGUACCACCACCAUAUCACCGUGGUGUGAGCCUAUAAGUACCACCAGUGUGUGCAGUACCAAUACCACCACCAUACCGCCAAGGUAUGUUGGUUCUGCUGAACCUAAGAGUCCGAUGUCAACUGUAACUUUAAUACUAACUAAACUGCAAGCUGAAAAGUUGAUUCUAAAAGGAAAAGUAGCUCUACAGGAUGUGUGUGUGUCAUGCCAAGUUGAAGUUGCAUUCCACCAAGAAGCAACAUCCAAGUACAUAAAGGCUGUGUUGAGUGGGCAUGCUUCAGGGGUUGAAGAAGCCAGAGUGAGACUAUACAAACUUAUCCAGGAAGAUGAUGAUACUUCCGAUGAUCUACGCAAACAUGAAGAAACAAUGCAGCAGCCAAAACCAGAAAAGGGUCAAUGCUCGAAAAUAGAGCUGAUGCCAAUUCCAAAAAAAGACAUCCACGUAGAAAAUGAGCAUGUGCCAGGCUUCUUCUUGCAGUUAAACAAUGAAAACAAAAAUGACAGUCGAUGGAAAAGGACAUUUGUACCAAAGCGAGCAUUGAACCAGAACAAAGAGUGCAGCAGCGGCAACGAUGUGGAUUCUGAAGUAACAGUUAGCAAGAAAGUUUAUUCUCGAGAGUUCCUUUUGUCUUGCUGGCAUCACUCUAGCACACAUACCGUACCUUCAGACCUGAUAGCUAGUGAUAUAUUAGUCUCUGAUAUGCGAUGGCAACCUAGUCCAUUUGAUGUUCUAAAGCCCACAAACAACUGGAGAGACGCGAUGGACACUGGUAUCUCGUUUACACAGUCAAGACGCAUGUUUACAGAACGAAAAGGUCUCUAGUAGCCUUAUUUUGCACAGCUAACAGUUUUUAUGUUCAGAUUUUUGCAAAUCAGGAACACUAGGCCGUACAUGCUGGCCAAAUAACAGCCCUUAUUUCAUGGACUUCAAAUGCUCUAGACAUUAUUGUGGAAAUGAUAUCUGUACAUUAAAAGGAACCAGUUGUUUUGAUUUGUAA